AACAACACGAACGCUGAAUUUACUUCCGGAAACCAGCGUCAAAUAGUCUGGUCAAAAAUACUGCUGAUCCAUUUUAUUUGGAAAGGAUACAGGCAGCAUCCAAGACCUCAAAGGCACUAGUUGACAUCCAAGCUUUUCCAAGGUAUGUGUAUUGGGUAUGUCUUUGCGAUGCAUUUUGAAAUCAUAUGGUUGACAGCUCGUCUGUUGUACUACAUUACUGUCUAUGGCGAACCAGCUCAAAGUCGACUGAUCAAAGUGCAGAUUUCUGGUUCUCUCUUAAUUAAAAAAAAAAAUAUGUUUGCCCUGUUAGUUUUCGUUAUUACACUUAACGUUGUUUUAUUUAACUAUAUCAUAAUUAACAUUGGAAGAAUGUAAUCCCUGACAUCGCGCAUCCAUGCUCAGCAGAGUACUCAACUGUGCCAACUCUCGAACAGGUCAAUCUGCAACACAUUGCGAUUCGCGUCAACCUAUGUUUAUGUUUGGGGCUUUUGUCUUGCUAUAGACACAAACAAGAGCAUGUGAACUUUCCAGAAUGUACGUGGCCGGUCAAAAGACCCCACCCCCCACCCGCCAUGUGUCCAUCUGACUGUUGCGAUUGAGUGGGAACAGUGAGUCAGAGUGGAGUUUGAACCAACGACACGGCGCUACUGUGCCGAAAAGGUCCUCCAGACCCCUUGACACACACUUUGAACACAUGUAUGAUCAGCCUAUUGCUGUCAUUCGACCAAGUGGUGCCACAUCCAUCCAUAUAUAUAUAUAUCCUUCCUGUGCAUUGGGAUUAAGGUUCAGUUCAGCUCUGGUCAGUAACAGAUGGGCCUCAGCCACACAGAAAAGGGCUGCACUGUAGUUAUACAAUCAUCAACAGAUAGCCAGUUCAUAGUCAACAAUGUUAUACUCAGGGCCCUGUUUAUGAUGAUGGCAUCCACAUGAUGCUUUUUGGAGCUUUCAGAGAGAGCAUGGGGGGAGUGGAUACAGCAAACUUGCCUUGGACAUCAUCAUCAUCAUCACAUCGAUUUACUCAUCUACAUGUCUGUUUUCACAGCAAUAUGCCAAGUUCCCGUUUCAUAUUAGUGUGAGAGUGCCGCCUGUGAAACCAUGACAACUUCUAGUCUAACUGCAUUUUUCAUUCUGAAGCUAGCCUUGCUUGCUGCAAUGGGAAUGUCUGGUAUACAAAAGAUUACAACCAGCAUGACCAAUAUCGGUUGUUUGGUAGCAUAGACAUAGUAGCCUACUUCUAUUCUAUAAAAUGGUAAUUCAACAGCCUGGGGGCCUGUCUGUUGCUGCUAUAGCCAACUUAUCUAGCCUAACACAAGGCAUGGCAACGAUGCACUGUAUGUAAUUGAUUGCAUCAAUGUUGACAGCAGAAACAGUGAUGGGAUUGGAUAAUAUGUUAUUGGUGAAUACAGGCUGAGGUGAAAUAGCUCAUUGUUCUAACUGACAACUGUUCCUGAUCCGCCCUGUGUGGUGUGUUAGUAUUGUAACACCUAGCCUACAGUGGCCGAACAUUGAUAAGGCUGGGUAUUGAUCGUAACACCUAGCCUACAGUUGCCGAACAUUGAUAAGGUUGGGUAUUGAUCGUAACACCUAGCCUACAGUUGCCGAACAUUGAUAAGGCUGGGUAUUGUUGCAACACACUACUCAGAGGGAUGAUCGAUUCAAAUCACAAAGUAGGCGUUAUGUAACUCCUUUCCUACAAAAUGCUUAGCUUUGUUUUGAAGAGCAGAUCAUGAGAAAAAAUGGAAAACUGAGCCUAGUGCUCACUUAAAAUAAUAAAUGUUGAUUACAUUUGGCUGUGUGUGUCGUUGUGUAUUUCUGUGGUGAGCAGGGCGGCUCGGUAGUGAGAGCAUAUCGUAGAGCCUGUUCCAGCCUCCCCACCCCUCACAUGUAGCAGCCAACCUCUCCAUGUGAUCACACACGCCUUCCUGUUUUAAAGGCACAGCUUCCCAAUAUCCAUAGCAAUGUGCAUAUUGCCAUCUAGUGCCACUUUAGGCAAUACAAUGCUCUCUAAUGUCAAACUAAUGUCCAUAUUUCUGAUCGCUUCCUCACUAGCGCCUUUUUUUUUUUCAGUUCCCCCUCAGCCCAUCCAUCUCAGGCAGCCCAACCCAGCCCAGGCCAGCCCAGCCCAGCGUCGUCAUGUCAGGCCCCAGGAGAGACGGUGAUCUGGAGUCGGACCACGCAGUAGACUGGUCCAUGAUGGACAUGCGGCUGGACUCGUUCCGGGGUUCCCCCCUGGCCCAGCAGGUGUCAGCGGAGAGGUUGGCCCGCGCUGGGUUCUACUUCACAGGACAGGCCGACAAGGUGCGCUGCUUCAGCUGCCACAAGACUGUAGAGAACUGGUGUGGAGGGGACACACCCGUGGAGAGGCACGCAGAGGUGUGGAUGAUGACGUGUGCAAAACAUUCCUGUUUUUAAAAACAUUCUCAUGUAUCUACCAAAUGAUCCUACUACUGUUGCAAUGUUUCAGGUCUCCCCCACUUGUAAGUUCCUGAGCUGCACCCAUCGUUCCAGGGUUAACUCUCUUCAAGGUGCCAUGCUGACCAACGAACCCCCCUACAACGAAGACGCUGAGGACAUGGAGUUCCGCCUGAGGACGGGAGAGGUGGUGGAUGAUACCACCUACCCCAUGGCCCCGCACAUGGCCAGCGAAGACUCCCGGUUCAACACCUUCGGCCCGUGGCCCUCCACAUCCCCGGUCCGGCCUAGAGAGCUGGCCCAGGCAGGGCUCUUCUAUCUGGGGGAGAGCGACCGGGUGCAGUGCUUCUGCUGUGGAGGGAUGCUGGGCGGCUGGGCGCCCGGGGACACGCCGUGGGGGGAGCACUCCAAACACUUCCCCUACUGCUUCUUCAUCCUGGGGCAUGAUGUGGGGAACCUCCCCUCUCAGGGGGGGAGAGAGGGAGAGGUAGGGGAGACCAAGUCAUGCCCAGGUUCUCAGGGCCCCAUGCAGAGCUUUGAGGAGAGGCUAGGCAGCUUUGCAGGAAUCCAGCACCCUAUUGACCACGAGAGGCUGGCCAGAGCAGGCUUCUACAACACAGGUGAGACCUGGGAGUGGGGUAGACUAGAGCUUUGGCUGUGAGAAAAGUAAUUAAAAACAAAUACAAUUCAUAGUUAUUACCUGCUACUCAAUGGUAAAAGGGCCCGGGAGGUGGGGACAUGAUGGAAGGGACCGGAGACGUAUCCUAACCAGUGUGUGUGUCUGGGUUGAUCUUAACCCAAGUGUGUGUGUGUGUUUCUGUGUUGGUGCAGGAGCUACAGACCGUGUGGUGUGUUUCUGCUGUGGUGGAGGUCUGAAGGGCUGGCAGCAGAACGAGGAUCCCUGGGAGGAGCACGCCAAACACUAUCCUGGGUAAAAACACACACACACACACACAGUAGAAAGUAAACCAUAUGCAUGCUUCUCCCUGCCACUAAUGUUGCGUGUCAUGUUUUAAUCCAGGUGCAGUUUUCUGCUGGCAGAGAAAGGACAGGAGUUUGUCAGCAGCGUUCAGCUACAAGGUCCUGGCUGGAACAAUUCUGUAAGUCUCCAUCCUCCUAACCCUGACCUCUAACCCCUAAACCUGUGGUCAAACAUAUUGAACUGCCCCCAUCCUCGCAUGACUCCUACCAUAUCAAAGUCCUUCCUUCUAUUGAUUUUUCCAGGCUUCAAGUCACCUAAAUGGAUGUUCAAGUCAUGAGACAGGUAAAAACAAUUGUGACAAACAUUUGUGAAGUUGUACCACUUUCACUUUAUUUAUUUGAGUUUAACGAGUCAAAAGCUGUGUAUGUAUGCAUACAUACACAGCGCAUUCGGAAAGUAUUCAGACCCCUUGACUUUUCCACAUUUUGUUACGUUAAAGCUUUAUUCUAAAAUUGAUUAAAUAAAACAUUUUUCUCCGCAAUAUACACACAAUACCCCAUAAUCACAAAGCGAAAACGUGUUUAGACAUUUUUGCAAAUGUAUUAAAAAAACUGAAACCAUUCAUUUUAAUACAUUUGCAAGAAUUUCUAAACCUGUUUUUGAUUUGUCAUAUGGGGUAUUGUGUGUAGAUUGAGAAAAAAACAAUUUAAUCCAUUUUUAGAAUAAGGCUGUAACAUAACAAUGUGGAAAAAGGUUUAGAAAUGUUUGCUAAUGUAUUACAAAUAAAAAAACGGAUACCAUUUACAUAAGUAUCCAGACCCUUUACUCAGUACUUUGUUGAAGCACCUUUGGCAGCGAUUACAGCCUCGAGUCUUCUUGGGUAUGAUGCUACAUGCUUGGCACACCUGUAUUUGGGGAGUUUCUCCCAUUCUUCUCUGCAGAUCCUCUCAAGCUCUGUCAGGUUGGAUAUGGAGCGUUGCUGCACAGCUAUUUUCAGGUCUCUCCAGAGAUGUUAGAUCGGGUUGAAGUCCGGGCUCUGGCUGGGCCACUCAAGGACAUUCAGAGACUUGUCCCAAAGCCACUCCUGCAUUGUCUUGGCUGUGUGAUUAGGGUUGUUGUUCUGUUGGAAGGUGAAUCUUCACCCUAGUCUGAGGUCAUGAGCACUCUGGAGCAGGUUUUCAUCAAGGAUCUCUGUACUUUUCUCUGUUCAUAUUUCCCCUCGAUCCUGACUAGUCUCCCAGUCGCUUCUGCUGAAAAACAUCCCUAUAGCAUGAUGCUGCCACCACCAUGCUUCACUGUAGGGAUGCUGCCAGGUUGCCUCCAGAUGUGAAGCUUGGCAUUCAGGCCAAAGAGUUCAAUCUUGGUUUCAUCAGACCAGAGAAUCUUGUUUCUCAUGGUCUGAGAGCCCUUUAGGUGCCUUUUGGCAAACUCCAAGCAGGCUGUCAUGUGCCUUUUACUGAGGAGUGGCUUCCAUCUGGCAAUUCUACCAUAAAGGCCUGAUUGGUGGAGUGCUGCAGAGAUGGUUGUCCUUCUUGAAGGUUCUCCUAUCUCCACAGAGAUAGGAGCUCUGUCAGAGGGACCAUCGGGUUCUUGGUCACCGCCCUGACCAAGGCCAUUCUCCCCCGAUUGCUCAGUUUGGCCAGGCGGCCAGCUCUAGGAAGAGUGUUGAUGGUUCCAAACCUCUUCCAAAACCAUAUAUAGACAGGUGUGUGUGCCUUUCCAAAUCAUGUCCAAUCAAUUGAAUUUACCACAGGUGGACAAUCAAGUUGUAGAAACAUCUCAAGGAUGAUCAAGGGAACCAGGAUGCACCUGAGCUCAAUAAUGAGUCUCAUAGCAAAGGGUUUGAAUAUUAAUGUAAAUAAGGUAUUUCUGUUUUUUAUUUGUACUAAAUUUGCUAAACUUUCUAAACCUGUUUAUGCUUUGUCAUUAUGGGUUAUUGUGUGUAGAUUGAUGUGGAUCUUUUUUUAUUUAAUCAAUUUUAGAAUAAGGCUGUAACAUAACAAUGUGGAAAAAGGUUUAGAAAGGUAUGUAUGCAUACAUACAGUUGAAGUCGGAAGUUUACAUACACUUAGGUUGGAGUCAUUAAAACUUGUUUUUCAACCACUCGACAAAUUUCUUGUUAACAAACUAUAGUUUUGGCAAGUCGGUUAGGACAUCUACUUUGUGCAUGACACAAGUCAUUUUUCCAACAAUUGUUUACAGACAGAUUAUUUCACUUAUAAUUCACUGUAUCACAAUUCCAGUGGGUCAGAAGUUUACAUACACUAAGUUGACUGUGCCUUUUUGAACAGCUUGGAAAAUCCAAAGAAAUCAGCCAAGACCUCAGGAAAAAAAUGUGUAGACCUCCACAAGUCUGGUUCAUCCUUGGGAGCAAUUUCCAAAUGCCUGAAGGUACCACGUUCAUCUGUACAAACAAUAGUACGCAAGUAUAAACACCAUGGGACCACGCAGCCGUCAUACCGCUCAGGAAGGAGACACGUUCUGUCUCCUAGAGAUUAACGUACUUUGGUGCGAAAAGUGCAAAUCAAUCCCAGAACAACAGCAAAGGACUGUGUGAAGAUGCUGGAGGAAACGGGUACAAAAGUAUCUAUAUCCACAGUAAAACGAGUCCAAUAUCGACAUAACCUGAAAGGCCGCUCAGCAAGGAAGAAGCCACUGCUCCAAAACCGGCAUAAAAAAGCUAGACUAAGGUUUGCAACUGCACAUGGGGACUAAGAUAGUAAUUUUUGGAGAAAUGUCCUCUGGUCUGAUGAAACAAAAAUAGAACGGUUUGGCCAUAAUGACCAUCGUUAUGUUUGGAGGAAAAAGGGGGAUGCUUGCAAGCCGAAGAACACCAUCCCAACCGUGAAGCACGGGGUGGCAGCAUCAUGCUGUGGGGGUGCUUUGCUGCAGGAGUGACUGGUGCACUUCACAAAAUAGAUGGCAUCAUGAGGAAGGAAAAUUAUGUGGAUAUAUUGAAGCAACAUCUCAAGACAUCAGUCAGGAAGUUAAAGCUUGGUCGCAAAUGGGUCUUCCAAAUGGACAAUGACCCCAAGCAUACUUCCAAAGUUGUGGCAAAAUGGCUUAAGGACAACAAAGUCAACGUAUUGGAGUGGCCAUCACAAAGCCCUGACCUCAAUCCUAUAGAAAAUGUGUGGGCAGAACUGAAAAAGCAUGUGCGAGCAAGGAGGCCUACAAACCUAACUCAGUUACACCAGCUCUGUCAGGAGGAAUGGGCCAAAAUUCACCCAACUUAUUGUGGGAAGCUUGAACAAUUUAAAGGCAAUGCUACCAAAUACUAAUUGAGUGUAUGAAAACUUCUGACCCACUACAAUUAUUCUGACAUUUCACAUUUUGAAAAUAAAGUGGUGAUCCUAACUGACCUAUGACAGGGAUUUUUUACAAGGAUUAAAUGUCAGGAAUUGUGAAAAACUGAGUUUAAAUGUAUUUGACUAAGGUGAAUCAAAAGUUUGGUCAAAAGUCGUGGUCAAAAGUUUUGAGAAUGACACAAUUAUUAAUUUUCACAAAGUCUGCUGCCUCAGUUUUGAUGAUGGCAAUUUGCAUAUACUCCAGAAUGUCAUGAAGAGUGAUCAGAUGAAUUGCAAAGUCCCUCUUUGCCAUGAAAAUGAACUUAAUCCCCAAAAAACAUUUCCACUGCAUUUCAGCCCUGCCACAAAAGGAUCAGCUGCCAUCAUGUCAGUGAUUCUCUCGUUAACACAGGUGAGAGUGUUGAUGAGGACAAGGCUGGAGAUCACUCUGUCAUGCUGAUUGAGUUAGAAUAACAGACUGGAAGCUUUAAAAGGAGGGUGGUGCUUGAAAUCAUUGUUCUUCCUCUGUUAACCAUGGUUAACUGCAAGGAAACACGUGCCGUCAUCAUUGCUUUGCACAAAAAGGGCUUCACAGGCAAGGAUAUUGCUGCUAAAUCAACCAUUUUUCGGAUCAUCAAGAACUUCAAGGAGAGAGGUUCAAUUGUUGUAAAGAAGGUGUCAAGGCUCCCAAGAAAGUCCAGCAAGCGCCAGGACCGUCUCCUAAAGUUGAUUCAGCUGCGGGAUCGGGGCACCACCAGUGCAGAGCUUGCUCAGGAAUGGCAGCAGGCAAGUGUGAGUGCAUCUGCACGCACAGUAAGGCGACGACUUUUGGAGGAUGGCCUGGUGUCAAGAAGGGCAGCAAAGAAGCCACUUCUCUCCAGGAAAAACUUCAGGGACAGACUGAUAUUCUUCAAAAGGAUACAGGGAUUGGACUGCUGAGGACUGGGGUAAAGUCAUUUUCUCUGAUGAAUCCCCUUUCCGAUUGUUUGGGGCAUCCGGAAAACACCUUGUCCAGAGAAGACAAGGUGAGCGCUACCAUCAGUCCUGUGUCAUGCCAACAGUAAAGCAUCCUGAGACCAUUCAUGUGUGGGGUUGCUUCUCAGCCAAGGGAGUGGGCUCACUCACAAUUUUGCCUAAGAACACAGCCAUGAAUAAAGAAUGGUACCAACACAUCCUCCGAGAGCAACUUCUCCCAACCAUCCAAGAACAGUUUGGUGACGACCAAUGCCUUUUCCAGCAUGAUGGAGCACCUUGCCAUAAGGCAAAAGUGAUAACUAAGCGGCUCGGGGAACAAAACAUCGACAUUUUGGGUCCAUGGCUAGGAAACUCUCCAGACCUUAAUCCCAUUGAGAACUUGUGGUUGAUCCUCAAGAGGCGGGUGGACAAACAAAAACCCACAAACUCCAAGCAUUGAUUAUGCAAGAAUGGGCUGCCAUUAGUCAGGAUGUGGCCCAGAAGUUAAUUGACAGCAUGCCAGGGCGGAUUGCAGAGGGCUUGAAAAAGAAGGGUCAACACUGCAAAUAUUGACUCUUUGCAUAAACUUAAUGUAAUUGUCAAUAAAAGCCUUUGACACUUAUGGAAUUCUUGUAAUUAUACUUCAGUAUACCAUAGUAACAUCUGACAAAAAUAUCUCAUAACAAAAAAUAUCUCAUAACACUGAAGCAGCGAACUUUGUGAAGACCAAUACAUUUGACCACGACUGUAAACUUCCAACUUCAACUGUACAUGUAUAUAGCGUAGGGUGCUAUUUCCAACACAGACUAGGACAGGCUCAAUCUCCUCCCUCUCUCUGUGCAGGGGUGCUGCGGUCAGCCAUGGCCCAGAGGGCGGUAGAGAUGGGCCUGGAGCCUGCCCUGGUAGAGAGGACUAUACUGGCGAGGAUACGCAGGGCUGGGACAGGCCACUCCACCUUGGAGACCCUGCUGCAGGACUGCUUUAACAGAGGCCCUGACAGUGAUGCAGAGACAUUCGAGAACAAUGGUACAGUGAGGGGAAAAAGGUAUUUGAUCCCCUGCUGAUUUUGUACGUUUGCCCACUGACAAAGAAAUGAUCAGUCUAUAAUUUUAAUGGUAGGUUUAUUUGAACAGUGAGAGACAGAAUAACAACAAAAAAAUAAAUUAUAAAUUGAUUUGCAUUUUAAUUAGGGAAAUAAGUAUUUGACCCCCUCUCAAUCAGAAAGAUGUCUGGCUCCCAGGUGUCUUUUAUACAGGUAAUGAGCUGAGAUUAGGAGCACACUCUUAAAGGGAGUGCUCCUAAUCUCAGUUUGUUACCUGUAUAAAAGACACCUGUCCACAGAAGCAAUCAAUCAAUCAGAUUCCAAACUCUCCACCAUGGCCAAGACCAAAGAGCUCUCCAAGGAUGUCAGGGACAAGAUUGUAGACCUACACAAGGCUGGAAUGGGCUACAAGACCAUCGCCAAGCAGCUUGGUGAGAAGGUGACAACAGUUGGUGCGAUUAUUCGCAAAUGGAAGAAACACAAAAGACUGUCAAUCUCCCUCGGCCUGGGGCUCCAUGCAAGAUCUCACCUUGUGGAGUUGCAAUGAUCAUGAGAACGGUGAGGAAACAGCCCAGAACUACACGGGAGGAUCUUGUCAAUGAUCUCAAGGCAGCUGGGACCAUAGUCACCAAGAAAACAAUUGGUAACACACUACGCCGUGAAGGACUGAAAUCCUGCAGCGCCCGCAAGGUCCCCCUGCUCAAGAAAGCACAUAUACAGGACCGUCUGAAGUUUGCCAAUGAACAUCUGAAUGAUUCAGAGGAGAACUGGGUGAAAGUGUUGUGGUCAGAUGAGACCAAAAUGGAGCUCUUUGGCAUCAACUCAACUCGCCGUGUUUGGAGGAGGAGGAAUGCUGCCUAUGAACCCAAGAACACCAUCCCCACCGUCAAACAUGGAGGUGGAAACAUUAUGCUUUGGGGGUGUUUUUCUGCUAAGUGGACAGGACAACUUCACCGCAUCAAAGGGACGAUGGACGGGGCCAUGUACCGUCAAAUCUUGGGUGAGAACCUCCUUCCCUCAGCCAGGGCAUUGAAAAUGGGUCGUGGAUGGUUAUUCCAGCAUGACAAUGACCCAAAACACACGGCCAAGGCAACAAAGGAGUGGCUCAAGAAGAAGCACAUUAAGGUCCUGGAGUGGCGUAGCCAGUCUCCAGACCUUAAUCCCAUAGAAAAUCUGUGGAGGGAGCUGAAGGUUCGAGUUGCCAAACGUCAGCCUUGAAACCUUAAUGACUUGGAGAAGAUCUGCAAAGAGGAGUGGAACAAAAUCCCUCCUGAGAUGUGUGCAAACCUGGUGGCCAACUACAAGAAACGUCUGACCUCUGUGAUUGCCAACAAGGGUUUUGCCACCAAGUACUAAGUCAUGUUUUGCAGAGGGGUCAAAUACUUAUUUCCCUCAUUAAAAUGCAAAUCAAUUUAUAACAUUUUUGACAUGCGUUUUUCUGGAUUUUUUUGUUAUUCGGUCUCUCAUUGUUCAAAUAAACCUACCAUUAAAAUUAUAGACUGAUCAUGUCUUUGUCAGUGGGCAAACGUACAGAAUCAGCAGGGGAUCAAAUACUUUUUUCCCUCACUGUAUGUGUCUCCAUAAGGGGAAAAAAUUAGCAAUGCUUGCUAGUAUCAUUUAUCAAAUCAAAUUGUAUUUGUCACAUGCGCCGAAUACAACAGUGAAAUGCUUACUUACAAGCCCUUAACCAACAAUGCAGUUUUAAGAAAGAAUACCAAAAAAUAAAUCACUAAAAAAUACAAUAUAAAACAAUACGAAAUAAAAGUAACAAAUAAUUAAAGAGCAGCAGUAAAUAGGAGUCUUAUGUAAAUAGUCUGGGUAGCCAUGAGUAGAUGUUCAGGAGUCUUAUGUAAAUAGUCUGGGUAGCCAUGAUUAGCUGUUCAGGAGUCAUGUAAAUAGUCUAGGUAACCAUGAUUAGAUGUUCAGGAGUCUUAUGCAAAUAGUCUGGGUAGCAUUUUGAUUAGAUGUUCAGGAGUCUUAUGCGAACAGUCUGGGUAGCAUUUUGAUUAGAUGUUCAGGAGUCUUAUGGCUUGGGGUAGAAGCUGUUUAGAAGCCUCUUGGACCUAGACUUGGUGCUCCGGUACCGCUUGCCAUGCGGUAGCAGAGAGAACAGUCUAUGACUAGGGUGGCUGGAGUCUUUGACAAUUUUUAGGGCCUUCGUUUGACACCGCCAGGUAUAGAAGUCCUGGAUGGCAGGAAGCUUGGCCCCAGUGAUGUACUGGGCCGUACGCAGUACCCUCUGUAGUGCCUUGCGGUCAGAGGCCGAACAGUUGCCAUACCAGGCAGUGAUGCAACCAGUCAGGAUGCUCUCGAUGGUGCAGCUGUAGAACCUUUUGAGGAUCUGAGGACCCAUGCCAAAUCUUUUUAGUCUCCUUAGGUUUUGCCGUGCCCUCUUCACGACUGUCUUGGUGUGCUUGGACCAUGUUAGUUUGUUGGUGAUGUGGACACCAAGGAACUUGAAGCUCUCAACCUGCUCCACCACAGCCCCGUCGAUGAGAAUGGGGGCAUGAUCGGUCCUCUUCUUUUUCAUGUAGAUCACGUUGAGGGAGAGGUUGUUGUCCUGGCACCACACGGCCAGGUCUCUGACCUCCUCCCAAUAGGCUGUCUCGUCGUUGUCGGUGAUCAGGCCUACCACUGUUGUGUCAUCUGCAAACUUAAUGAUGGUGUUGGAGUCGUGCCUGGCCAUGCAGUCAUGAGUACAGGAGGGGACUGAGCACGCACCCCUGAGGGGCACCCAUGUUGAGGAUCAGCAUGGCGGAUGUGUUGUUACCUACCCUUACCACCUGGGGGUGGCCCGUCAGGAAGUCCAGGAUCCAGUUGCAGAGGGAGGUGUUUAGUCCCAGGUGGUAAGUAAUGAGCUUAGAGGGCACUAUGGUGUUAAACACUGAGCUGUAGUCAAUGAAUAGCAUUCUCACAUAGGUGUUCCUUUUGUCCAGGUGUGAAAGGGCAGUGUGGAGUGCAAUAGAGAUUGCAUCAUCUGUGGAUCUGUUGGGGCGGUAUGCAAAUUGGAGUGGGUCUAGGGUUUCUGGGAUAAUGGUGUUGAUGUGAGCCAUGACCAGCCUUUCAAAGCACUUCAUGGCUACAGACGUGAGUGCUACGGGUCGGUAGUCAUUUAGGCAUGUUACCUUAAUGUUCUUGGGCACAGGGACUAUGGUGGUCUGCUUGAAACAUGUUGGUAUUACAGACUCAGACAGGGAGAGGUUGAAAAUGUCAGGUGAAGAAACUUGCCAGUUGGUCAGCGCAUGCUUGAGUACACAUCCUGGUAAUCCGUCUGGCCAUGCGGCCUUGUGAAUGUUGACCUGUUUAAAGGUCUUACUCACAUCGGCUACGGAGAGCGUGAUCACACAGUCGUCCGGAACAGCUGAUGCUCUCAUGCAUGUUUCAGUGUUACUUGCCUCGAAGCGAGCAUAUAAGUAAUUUAGCUUGUCUGGGCACUGUUCUAUCAAAACUGGUAAUGAGGUGUAUAUGAUAAGUCAAAUAACAUCCUCAAUAGAGCCACAGUGUUUUGCAAUUUGACCUAGUUUAUCCAUCUGCAUAUUCCAAUCAAUCACAAUAGCAUCACAAUGCUAUUCACCCUGUAGGCCUACAUGAGGCUUGGCUAUAGAAGUAACAGAAUCAAACUGUGUUGGUCAGUAUUCUAACUACUUUAUUGUGCUCGGUUACCUACCGAUGUUUCUCCCCUAUUUCAGAUGAGGAUCCCCUUGAGAAGCUACGGAAGCUGCAGAGGGAGAAGCAGUGCAAAGUGUGUAUGGACAGAGACAUCUGCAUCGUCUUCAUCCCCUGUGGGCAUCUGGUCGUCUGCAAGGAGUGUUCCGAGGCCCUCGACAAGUGUCCCAUCUGCUGUGGCGCCAUCGCCCAGAAGAUAAAGACAUACAUCUCCUAACAUGCAACCUGGUGUCAGGGAUUGUAUUCAUAAAGCGUCUGAGUGCUGACCUAGGAUCAGGUCCCAUCUCAUACUCAUUAUGAUUUAAAAGGCAAAAGUGAUCCUAGAUUAGCAAUCCUACUUUGAGAUGCUUAAUGAUUGUGGGCACAGGAGGAUAACUAUUUUUUUUAAAUGGCAAUGCUGCUUUACCUUCUCAAUUAUUUUAUAAACGCAUGCUUUCCUACUACAAAAUGUACAUAGAGAGAUAUAUUUGAGGAGGAACACUGUAAAUAUGGAUAAGAGAAUCAUGGAAAUUGUGGGGAUUUUAUUUUCCAAUGAUUGUUGUAAAGAUAAUGACACACUUCCUUGUUAUGCGAUGUAUCAGUGAGGUGCACACUACAAUACCCAAGAGGAAAUGGGCCUCUGUUGAAUCUUCAUACCAAGAUGGGAAACCAAGGUUGAGACUAGAUGGAGUACAGCUACGGACAGAAUUGACUUUACGCAGCAGGUUAGGAAAAUAAGGUAAAGGGUUAGAUACUUUUUGUCAAUGGCUGAACUCCAUCUACCCACAGUUCUGAUACUUAUAUUAUUUUUACAUUUUAGUCAUUUAGUAGACGCUCUUAUCCAGAGCGACUUACAGUAGUGAGUGCAUACCUUUUCAUUCAUACUUCCGCUGUACAGUCGUGGUCAAAAGUUUUGGGAAUGACACAACUAUUGGUCUUCACAAAGUUCGCUGCUUCAGUGUUAUGAGAUAUUUUUGUCAGAUGUUACUAUGUAUACUGAAGUAUAAUUACAAGCAUUCCAUAAGUGUCAAAGGCUUUUUUAUUGACAAUUACAUUAAGUUUAUGCAGAGAGUCAAUAUUUGCAGUGUUGACCCUUCUUUUUCAAGACCUCUGCAAUCCGCCCUGGCAUGCUGUCAAUGAACUUCUGGGCCACAUCCUGACUAAUGGCAGCCCAUUCUUGCAUAAUCAAUGCUUGAAUUUGUGGGUUUUUGUUUGUCCACCCGCCUCUUGAGGAUCGACCACAAGUUCUCAAUGGGAUUAAGGUCUGGGGAGUUUCCUGGCCAUGGACCCAAAAUGUCAAUGUUUUGUUCCCCAAGCCACUUAGUUAUCACUUUUGCCUUAUGGCAAGGUGCUCCAUCAUGCUGGAAAAGGCAUUGGUCGUCACCAAACUGUUCUUGGAUGGUUGGGAGAAGUUGCUCUUGGAGGAUGUAUUGGUACCAUUCUUUAUUCAUGGCUGUGUUCUUAGGCAAAAUCGUGAGUGAGCCCACUCCCUUGGCUGAGAAGCAACCCCACACAUGAAUGGUCUCAGGAUGCUUUACUGUUGGCAUGACACAGGACUGAUGGUAGCGCUCACCUUGUCUUCUCCGGACAAGGUGUUUUCUGGAUGCCCCAAACAAUCGGAAAGGGGAUUCAUCAGAGAAAAUGACUUUACCCCAGUCCUCAGCAGUCCAAUCCCUGUACCUUUUGCAGAAUAUCAGUCUGUCCCUGAAGUUUUUCCUGGAGAGAAAUGGCUUCUUUGCUGCCCUUCUUGACACCAGGCCAUCCUCCAAAAGUCUUCGCCUCACUGUGCGUGCAGAUGCAGUCACACCUGCCUGCUGCCAUUCCUGAGCAAGCUCUGCACUGGUGGUGCCCCGAUCCCACAGCUGAAUCAACUUUAGGAGAUGUCCUGGCGCUUGCUGGACUUUCUUCGGCGCCCUGAUGCCUUCUUCACAACAAUUGAACCUCUCUCCUUGAAGUUCUUGAUGAUCCGAAAAAUGGUUGAUUUAGGUGCAAUCUUACUAGCAGCAAUAUCCUUGCCUGUGAAGCCCUUUUUGUGCAAAGCAAUGAUGACGGCACGUGUUUCCUUGCAGUUAACCAUGGUUAACAGAGGAAGAACAAUGAUGUCAAGCACCACCCUCAUUUUAAAGCUUCCAGUCUGUAAUUCUAACUCAAUCGGCAUGAAAGAGUGAUCUCCAGCCUUGUCCUCGUCAACACUCUCACCUGUGUUAACGAGAGAAUCACUGACAUGAUGGCAGCUGAUCCUUUUGUGGCAGGGCUGAAAUGCAGUGGAAAUGUUUUUUGGUGAUUAAGUUCAUUUUCAUGGCAAAGAGGGACUUUGCAAUUCAUCUGAUCGCUCUUCAUGACAUUCUGGAGUAUAUGCAAAUUGCCAUCAUCAAAACUGAGGCAGCAGACUUUGUGAAAAUUAGUAUUUGUGUCAUUCUCAACUUUUGACCACGACUGUACAGUUCCAUGAUCUACCAUUGCAGUUAUCAACAGUGCCUUUUGAAAUGAUCUCAUUUACUUGUGUGCAUAUUUUCUUUAUUCAGACUAUCAUGCCAUUUCCACGUUUUCUUCAUAUUUCUCUUAAUAUUAUGAAGUUGUUGACUGGGCUUUCCUUAUUGGCUUGCAAGUCAUGUGUUUCUAGUUAGUUUGCAAAUUACGGGUUUCUGAAAUAGAAGUCCAGAGGGUUCCCAAACUUACUGUAUGUUCCUUAGGCCAACUAGUAUGCUUUCAGCGUUGUAGACUUUUAUGAAUCAUUAUGUGUGCUCUGUGUGAAUAAAUAGAUGAAUUGUAGACUUGGAUCAAUUUCCAUUAUUUAGAUAUAACUGACAUCCACUUAAUUAUUUGAUUUAGUUCUGGAGAUCACAUCCAAAUAUUGUACCCCUUUUUAAAUCAUGUGCUGAAAAGAAUAUUUCCUUUGCACUUCAGUGCAACUCUGGUUUGACCAAGAUUGGAAAAUAAAUAAUGUUUAAAAAAUUAAAGUGUGACUUGUCUUUUACAUUCAUGUAUGCUACAUGUAUGCUACUAACACUUAGAUAAAGAAGCGCUGAAUAAAAUAGUUAUCUUCUUGAAAGCCAGGCAGAGAUACUGGUAUUUAGAUUAACGACUACACUCUUUGGGUACAUCUCAAUAGACGAAAGUGGCUUCCUCCCCCUGUCUGCUUUCCUUCAUCUCCACUUCUAUAAUAGAAGAACCAGAUAGGUAUCUGCCAUUUCUUACAUAAAUUGUGUCUUCAGAUUCUGAAACAGUUCUAAUAAAGGAAAGGGGACAAGGAAGGAAGGAGGAAGCUUAUUCCUCCCACAAUGGAAUAAUCUCAAUUAGAUUUCAUUGACUCCAGAUGGCCCUCCCCUCUGACUUUCUCCUCCAAUGGAUUUUGAGGAGGUGAGGAGAGAGGACACAAGGAGUCAAGGAAAAGCAAUUGAGAUUCUACAAGUAUUGAGCUGCGGCCACACCAUUUGUAUUUGUAUUUUUGUAUUUAUUAAGGAUCCCCAUUAGCUGAUGCCAAGGCAGCAGCUACUCAUCCUGGGGUCCUGCAACAUUAAGGCAGUUAUAUACAAUUUAAAAUAUUACAUGACAUUAUAUUUCAUAACACUUUACCCAAUACAUUUAGUGUGUUCCCUCAGGCCACUACUCCACUAUCACAUAUUUACAAUACAACAUCCAUGUGUACGUGUGUGUAGAGUGAGUGUCUAUAUGUAUGUGUGUAUGUACCUGUGUGUGUGUCUCUUCACAGUCUCCGCUGUUCCACAAGGUGUAUUUUUCCCUGUUUUUUAAAUCUGAUUCUACUGCUUGCAUCAGUUACCUGAUAUGGAAUAGAGUUCCAUGUAGUCAUGGCUCUAUGUAGUACUGUGCGCCUCGUUAUAGUCCGUUCUGGACUUGGGGACUGUGAAGAGACCUCUGGUGCAUUGUCUUGUGGGGUAUGCAUGGGUGUCCGAGCUGUGUGCCAGUAUUCCAAACAGACAGCUCGGUACAUUCAGCUCGUUGACACCUCUCACAAAAACAAGCAGUGAUAAAGUCAAUCUCUCUUCCACUCUGAGCCAGGAGAGACUGACAUACAUGUCAUCAAUGUUAGCUCUCCAUGUACUUUUAAGGGCCAGACGUGCUGCCCUGUUUUGAGCCAACUGCAAUUUUCCCAAGUCCCUCUUUGUGGCACCUGACCACACUACUGAACAUAGUCUAGGUGUGACAAAGCUAGGGCCUGUAGGACCUGCCUUGUUGAUAGUGUUGUUAAGAAGGCAGAGCAGCGGUUAAUAAUGGACAUACUUCUCAUUUACAUUAACAUUUACGUCAUUUAGCAGACGCUCUUAUCCAGAGCGACUUACAAAUUGGUGCAUUCACCUUAUAGCCAGUGGGAUAACCACUUUACAAGGUUUUUUUUGGGGGGGGGGGGGGGGGGGGGGGGGGGGGGGGGGGGGGGGGGUAGAAGGAUUACUUUAUCCUAUCCCAGGUAUUCCUUAAAGAGGUGGGGUUUCAAAUGUCUCCGGAAGGUGGUGAGUGACUCCGCUGUCCUGGCGUCGUGAGGGAGCUUGUUCCACCAUUGGGGUGCCAGAGCAGCUCCAUCUUAGCUACUGUUGUAUCAAUAUGCUUUGACCUUGACAGUCUACAAUCCAGGGUUACUCCAAGCAGUUUAGUCACCUCAACUUGCUCAAUUUACACAUUAUUCAUUACGAGAUGUAGUUAAGGUUUAGGGUUUAGUGAAUUAUUUGACCCAAAUACAAUGCUUUUAGUUUUGGAAAUAUUCAGGACUAACUUAUUCCUUGUGUUGCAGUUAUUUCAGUUGCUGUAGUAGCUGACGUGUAUAGUGUUGAGUCAUCCGCAUACAUAGACACACUGGCUCAAAGUUAGUAAAGAUGGAAAAAAGCAAGGGGCCUAGACAGCUGCCCUGGGGAAUUCCUGAUUCUACCUGGAUUAUGUUUGAAAGGCUUCUAUUAAACAACACCCUUUGUGUUCUAUUAGACAAGUACCUUUUUAUCCACAUUAUAGCAGGGGGUGUAAAGCCAUAACACAUAUGUUUUUCCAGCAGCAGACUAUGAUCGAUAAUGUCAAAAGCCGCACUGAAGUCUAACAAAACAGCCCCCACAAUCUUUUUAUCAUCAAUUUCUCUCAGCCAAUCAUCAGUCAUUUGUGUAAGUGCUGUGCUUGUUGAAUGUCCUUUUCUAUAAGCAUGCUGAAAGUUUGUUGUCAAUUUGUUUACAGUAAAAUAGCAUUGUAUCUGGUCAAACACUAUUUUUUCCAAUAGUUUACUAAGAGUUGGUAACAGGCUAAUUGGUCAGCUGUUUGAGCCAGUAAAGGGGUCUUUACUAUUUUUAGGUAGCGGAAUGACUUUUGCUUCCCUCCAAGCCUGGGGGCACUGAUAGAUUAAUUAUUAAUGACUAAUUAUUACACCCUGAAACUGUGUAUAAUGUGUGAGUGUAGGACCAGUAAAGGCUAUGGCAUUGAGCCACUAUCUAGCAAUGUGAGUAAGAGUCAGGCCAGACAACAAAGACAACUGAGAAACUAAGAUAAAGAGGCCUCCCAAUUUAGGGAGGGGAGAAACUGUUAUGAAAACAUGGUGCAGAAUAUUGUGAGAACGGCAAUAACUGAGUAAAGCAGGGAGUAGGAUAUGUGUGUGUGUGUGUGUAUGUAUGUGUGUAUGCAUGUGUGUAUAUGUGUGUGUGUGUGAACUGAAGGUCAGUAGAGCAGUUUUAGAGUGGAAAACUACAGCCCGCCUACAGAGGGAAGGGAUUUAUUUUUGUAUGACGUAUGAGUAUAAAAGAUGGACUCUGAAAUUGUGAUGGCAGAAUUCUCAAUGAAUAAAUAUCUCUGACCAUGCAGACCGGGACUCUGGCCGUUACUUAAAUCCCAAAAGACUUACAACCUUUUGGGAGACGCACAGAGACACUAAAAUAGUUUGUUAAAUAAUUCACGUAACAGCUUGGUCCUUCUGAGCCGGACUCCAAUACCCUGUUUCUGUCAUUCCAGGUAACUCUGAAAACCGUCGACGGGCGAAUGAUACAUUCGUAAAUAGAAAGUCCUGCCCUUUGACAUUAAGGGUUAAAACAGGCCAGAGGACACCUGAUUAAUGACAGAGACGGUGACGGAAUCCAAACCUACAUUGAAUCUCGGCUGCAAGGAUAAGGUCAGUAGUCUUUAUUAUUGACAACUCACCGCAUCAAAGGGACGAGGACGGUGGCCAUGUACCGUCAAAUCUGGGUGGUGAAACCUCGUCAUCACGCCAGGGCAUGAAAAAUGGGUCGUGGAUGCGUUAUUCCAGCAUGACAAUGACCCAAAAACACCACGGCCAAGGCAACAACGGAGUGGCUCACGGAAGAAGCAAUUAAGGUCCUGGAGUGGGUUAGCCAGUGUCAGACAUAUCCCAUAGAAAAUCUGUGGAGGGAGCUGAAGGUUCGAGGUGCCUUCCCCCCAACGUCCAGCCUUGAAACCUUAAGAUUGGAGAAGAUCUGCCAAAGAGAGUGAAGCAAAAUCCCCUCCUGAGAUGUGUGCAAACCUUGUGGCCAACUCAAGAAACGGUCGCCCUUGUGCUUGCCAAACAAGGGUUUUGCCACAAGGACUACGUCAUUUGCGCGGGGCAAAUACUUAUUUCCAUCAUUAAAAUGCAAAAUCAAUUUAGAACAUUUUUUGACAUGCGUUUAUUCUGGAUUUUUUUGUUAUGCGGUCUCUCAUUGUUCAAAGAAACCUUACAUUAAAAGUAUAGACUUGUCAUGUCUUGUCAGUGGCAAACUACAGAAUCAGCAGGGGAUCAAUACUUUUUUCCCUCACUGUAUGUGUUCCAAUAAGGGGGAAAACAUUAGGCAAGAGUGUAGUUCAUUUAUCAAAUCAAAUUGUUCUUGUCACAUUUUUUUUUUUGCUCGAUACAACAGGUUUGAAAUGCUUACUUACAAGCUUAACAACAAUGCGUUUUAAGAAAGAUACCAAUACAAAUAACCACCUAAAAAUACAAUUAAACCCAAUACGAAAUAAAAAGAACAACGAAUUAAAGAGCAAGCAGUAAGCGGAGUUCGUCUGUAAAACUAGUUCUGUGGUAGCCGAUGAGUAGAUGUCAGGAGUGUAUGUAAAUAGUUUUUCCCUUGGGGGGGUAGCCUGAUUAGCUGUUUCAGGAGUCAGUAAAUAGUAUAGGUAAAACCAUGAUUAGAUGUUCAGAGUCUUAUGCAAAUGUCUGGGAGCAUUUUGAUAUCGUGUCAGGAGUGUAUGCGAACAGUCGAGGUAGAAUUUUGAUAGAUGUUCAGGAGUCUUAUGGCUUGGGGUUAGUAGAAGCUGUUUAGAAGCCUCUUGGACCUAGACUUGGUGCCUCCGGUACCGCUUGCCAUGCGGUAGCAGAGAGAACAGUCUAUGACUAGGGUGGCUGGAGUCUUUGACAAUUUUUAGGGCCUUCGUUUGACACCGCCAGGUUAUAGAAGUCCUGGAUGGCAGGAAGCUUGGCCCCAGUGAUGUACUGGGCCGUACGCAGUACCCUCUGUAGUGCCUUGCGGUCAGAGGCCCGAACAGUUGCCAUACCAGGCAGUGAUGCAACCAGUCAGGAUGCUCUCGAUGGUGCGCUGUAGAACCUUUUGAGGAUCUGAGGACCCAUGCCAAAUCUUUUUAGUCUCCUUAGGUUUUGCCGUUGCCCUCUUCACGACUGUCUUGGUGUGCUUGGGACCAUGUUAGUUUGUUGGUGAUGUGGACACCAAGGAACUUGAAGCUCUCAACCUUGCUCCACCACAGCCCCGUCGAUGAGAAUGGGGGCAUGAUCGGUCCUCUUCUUUUUCAUGUAGAUCACGUUGAGGGAGAGGUUGUUGUCCUGGCACCACACGGCCAGGUCUCUGACCUCCUCCCAAUAGGCUGUCUCGUCGUUGUCGGUGAUCAGGCCUACCACUGUUGUGUCAUCUGCAAACUUAAUGAUGGUGUUGGAGUCGUGCCUGGCCAUGCAGUCAUGAGUACAGGAGGGGACUGAGCACGCACCCCUGAGGGGCACCCAUGUUGAGGAUCAGCAUGGCGGAUGUUGUUGUUACCUACCCUUACCACCUGGGGGUGGCCCGUCAGGAAGUCCAGGAUCCAGUUGCAGAGGGAGGUGUUUAGUCCCAGGUGGUAAGUAAUGAGCUUAGAGGGCACUAUGGUGUUAAACACUGAGCUGUAGUCAAUGAAUAGCAUUCUCACAUAGGUGUUCCUUUUGUCCAGGUGUGAAAGGGCAGUGUGGAGUGCAAUAGAGAUUGCAUCAUCUGUGGAUCUGUUGGGGCGGUAUGCAAAUUGGAGUGGGUCUAGGGUUUCUGGGAUAAUGGUGUUGAUGUGAGCCAUGACCAGCCUUUCAAAGCACUUCAUGGGCUACAGACGUGAGUGCUACGGGUCGGUAGUCAUUUAGGCAUGUUACCUUAAUGUUCUUGGGCACAGGGACUAUGGUGGUCUGCUUGAUGAAACAUGUUGGUAUUACAGACUCAGACAGGGAGAGGUUGAAAAUGUCAGGGUGAAGAAACUUGCCAGUUGGUCAGCGCAUGCUUGAGUACACAUCCUGGUAAUCCGUCUGGCCAUGCGGCCUUGUGAAUGUUGACCUGUUUAAAGGUCUUACUCACAUCGGCUACGGAGAGCGUGAUCACACAGUCGUCCGGAACAGCUGAUGCUCUCAUGCAUGUUUCAGUGUUACUUGCCUCGAAGCGAGCAUAUAAGUAAUUUAGCUUGUCUGGGCACUGUUCUAUCAAAAACUGGUAAUGAGGUGUAUAUGAUAAGUCAAAUAACAUCCUCAAUAGAGCCACAGUGUUUUGCAAUUUGACCUAGUUUAUCCAUCUGCAUAUUCCAAUCAAUCACAAUAGCAUCACAAUGCUAUUCACCCUGUAGGCCUACAUGAGGCUUGGCUAUAGAAGUAACAGAAUCAAACUGUGUUGGUCAGUAUUCUAACUACUUUAUUGUGCUCGGUUACCUACCGAUGUUUCUCCCCUAUUUCAGAUGAGGAUCCCCUUGAGAAGUACGGAAGCUGCAGAGGGAGAAGCAGUGCAAAGUGUGUAUGGACAGAGACAUCUGCAUCGUCUUCAUCCCCUGUGGGCAUCUGGUCGUCUGCAAGGAGUGUUCCGAGGCCCUCGACAAGUGUCCCAUCUGC